CCCACGAAUGCGGAUUCUUUAGUCAUGUGUAAAUCGACUGUGAAAAUCUUGCCAGUAAAGGCGUGAUAUUACCGACAGGGUCUCGGUAAACGUAAAACUCUCCGGAGUUUUCAAUUUACGCCGAGAGAAUUCAGAAGAGUCGCUGGGGGUUCAGGAUCAUAAUAACAAAGGUUUGGGACCGCGGUAAAAUACCGGCUCUCCUAUUGCUAAUGAUACUAUAUAGAAUAAAUGUGACAAAACUGAUUUUAGUGUUUGGACUUUUCAGAGAUGAGUGCGCAGGUGAAGAGGUCUUUGCGCCCCUAGGAGGGCAAGCUAAACUAGAUCCCAAAGUGGGCCGUAAACAAAUCUUGAGCAUCACUUGGAAGUCUGGUCCACACAAGGCAGCGGAAUGGGACGGUCCUGAUACUCAGGUGGAUUAUUAUAAGAUGUGUGAACACAAAUGUGAACUGAAUAACAUCACUGGGGUGCUAACAAUUAAAUUACUAAUGGCGGAUGAUAACAAGAAUUAUUCUGUUGAAAUAAAUGAAACAGGACUUCCAAUACAUUUUCAGCUAACUGUACUCUCACCAGUCCCCAAACCCAGCAUCACUUACACGUGUAACGAGACAGCCUGUACCUUGUCCUGUGAUGGCAAGGAUGCCAAACACACUUCCUGGAAGCUCCUCUGGAAGGAAAAUGAUAAGGAAAGCAGCGGUGAAAGAGUGCUGACUGUUUGGAAGAGUGAUCACCUGAAUAAAACCUACACCUGCAUAUGGCGUAAUCCUUUGAAUGAGGCAACGAGUGAGUCUAUCUCUGAGAAAGACCUGUUUCCCCAAAAUUCUCUGCAAGGAAAAAGCUGGAUUUUGAUUCUUGCGGUUUUUGUCCUGGCAUUUGCCGUCCUGGUCAUCACUGGUGUUUCCCGAUACUGCAGAGUGUUAAGGCGCACAGAAGCUAUGAACAUUAUCUAUGAAAAUACAAAGGAGCUCCGUGUUCAAGAGCAUUAUCAGUCUGGUGUCACAGGAGCGGAUGUGAGUUCUGUGGAUGACACCGUGAAGGGCUCUCAAGUUCAGAACCAUCAGUGCUCUGCUGUCACAGUGUGACCACUUCCUUUAACACCAGACCAAAGGCAUUUUCUGCAUGGGUCCCUCUCUGCAAGGCUGCAGCAGCUUAUAUUCACAUUUAUUUAGAAGACACUUCUCUCCAAAGUGAUAUACAAGCACGAGAAAUAGUGCAUUACGAAUGACAGACUUUGGCUAUAUUUGGGAGGCCAGGUGGACCGUAUUACUCCAUGAAGGGACUUUUUCCUAGAACUUUGAAACUGUCUGAUAUAUUUUCACACAAUUCUUGCAAGACUUGUGCACAGGAAGUGCCUGUUUUCGGAGUUGAUUUAUGCCUCUACAAUGUUAUACUACUAGCAGUUAUAGUGUCAGCCAUGACAGAGCUCUGGAAAAAAUUGAGGCCGCUCCUUAUUUUUUAUUUUAUACAUUUUUAAAUACUGGUUUAGUCCUGGUUCUGCUGGCAGAGAACUACAAUGCAGGUUGCCCGCACACUCAAAAUUUCGAAGACAGCAGUACACAAGAACAAAGUGAAGCAGCAGCCACUGGGAACGACCAGAAUCAAUCCAGGUAGGGGGCACAACGUGACUCUAAUUCCAGAGAUGACGAUCAACUUAUCCGACAGUCUAUAGCGAAUCAGAUGGGUGACACCUUCAAAAGGAAUGGGAAACAUUAAGUGCAGGUGUGAAGUGCACAGCUAGGACAGUUCGUAUCUGGCUCCUAGGAGGACUGAAGUCCCAUAAAGCAAGAAAGAAGCUUUUAAUUAAUG